AUGGUUCUAGGUAUUCAAUGCAAAACAAACAUGGGAUUUCAAAUUUCGUUUGACAAAGUGCUGCUGCUGGCUUGUAUGGGAUCACCAGCGAUUCGUUUCGUUAUCAUCGACUUUGAUGUUUCGGAUAGUUUCGAGGCUAUUUUAUUGCUGAAUGAAUCUAACUGGGUGGACCCGUCUGAGAAAAAUCCGGAAAAUGUAGAGGCUUCCAUUGUUGGAAGUCAUUUCAAUAUA